AUGCGUUUCUCGUACGCCGUGUCUCUUCUGCCUCUGGCUGCCUUCGUCGGCGCCCUCGAGGUCACUUCGCCCACCAAGGGUGAGGAUGUCGACCUGUCCAAGUCUUUCACUGUGAAGUGGGAUUCGGUCUCGACCGAUCCCUCGACCUUCGAUCUUUACCUGGUCAACAACGCCGUCUACCCCACGGUCGAGCAGAAGAUUGCUUCCGACGUGGACACCUCGUCGGGUUCCUACACCGUGUCGGGCCUGUCGGGUGUUAGCGAUGGGUCCGGCUACCAGAUCAACCUGCUGUCCACCUCCACCCAGAACAGCGGCAUCCUGGCGCAAUCCCAGCAGUUCAACGUCGAGGGUUCCAGCUCUGCCACCACCUCUUCUUCGUCCUCUUCCUCUACCUCUUCUGCUUCCUCCUCCUCCGGCACCACCACCGCCACUACUAUCUCUACUACUGGUACUUCUUCUUCCUCCUCCACUGGCACCGCCGCCACCACUUCAUCUUCCUCCAUCGGCUCCUCGACCACCGGCCUGACUUCCUCUUCCUCGGCGGCUAACACGCUCUCGACCACAGGGUCC